AUGUUCUGUCGUCUCUGCUGGAUUGAUUUUAGUGCCGGCGAGGCAAGGGUGGAGUGCGCGGGUCCCUGUGGAAGUUGCUUCCACCGCAAUUGUGUCGAUGUCACCGGGGAUGUGGCGCACAUCCUGGCCACCGGCGGGGGUUACUAUUCCGGUCUGGAAUGGUAUUGCCGCACUUGUCGUCAACUUUAUCGCCUGCAAGUGUACUUCGAGAUUGCCAUCUGUGAUGAUUACAGCCUGCCCGUAGACUUUGUUAAAAAACGACCGUCCAGCUUCGAUCCGUGCCUGGCGGAGGCGAUACCAGCGAAUCCCGAGCACUGGAUAGCCCCCAGUCCGCAGACCGAGUUUCUGCCUUUUGGUGAAGCCCAACAAGCGUUGCAGCUGCAAUCAGCAACCACAGCAGCAGCAGCAGCAGCAACAGCAGCAGCAACAACAUCUGCAGCAGCAGCAGCGGCCAGCGCAACAGCAGCAGCGCCGCAACUACCGCCCCCGCUGCCCGCGCCCGUGGCAACAUUGCCCACUCAGGCGGCGACAGCAGCGGCAGCAGCAACAGCUGCGAUUUUGGCCACGCACCAGCAGCAGCAGCAGCAGCAUUUGAGCAGCAGCAACAACAACAACAACGGCGGCAGCACACACGGCCAGCAGCACACGCACAGCAACAACAACAACACAUUGCCAGUAGGAACACAACAGCAGCAGCAGCAGCAGCAGCCGCAGCAACACCGUGCAACAUUGCAACAUCCGCCGCUGCCCAACAGCAACAUCAAGCAGGCAUCGGUGAAAUUGAUCGAGGGAUACUCCGAUCCGAAGGACACGCGCAACCACAAGAAGGUCUACCACAAAAAGGCCAAGAAACGCGCGACUCCUGGCCACAAGCGGCAUCAGCAGCAGCAGCAGCAGCCGCAUCAGCAGCAGCAGUCGCAGCAGCAGCAGUUGCAGCAGCAGCAAACGCUGCCAACGCCCAGAAGUGCGCAGCAGCAAGCGCAGCAAAAGUUGCAGCAGCGGCAUUCCACCUACAACAACAACAACGGCAACUCAAGAAAGGAUAAACGCAACAGUCAAUAUAAUUCAGACUCCUCGGCGCCGAAAUCCUCCGACGACGAGGCGGACAUCGACGAGGAGGUGGAACAGCAGCCGCUGCCCGUGCCACAGGCAGCUGCCCAGGGUGCGCCGCCAGCAGCGGCCGGUCUCAACUCACCGGACUCCAUAUCCGAUGACCUGGUGCGUCCGCUUCCGCCGCAACUGCAGCGCAGUCCGCGCAAACUGACCGUCGCUCCCGCGGAGCACAGCAAGCGCCAGCCCUCGCCCUACUACUACUCCGAUCUGCUCAAGAGUCGCGACAAGGACAAGGACAAGGAUAAGGAUAGGGACAGGGAGCGGGAACGGGAGCGGGACAAGGACAAGGAGGACUUUAAGCUCAAGUGCCGCCAGUCGACGGCCAGUGAACCGCCGCAGCAAACCCAAACGCAGCUGAGUGGCUACCGGAAGAGCUCCAGCUUGGAUGUGCCAGCGGCGGAGGAGCAGCCGGAAGCAGAGAGCCACGAGGAGGAGGAGCCCAGGACGGGCCAGGACGCCCAGGACGCCCAGUCCACGCCCAAGCGAUACAGCUUCACCGAGGAGGGUGUGCACAUCAUCCGCUGCGAGACGCCCAGCACCAGCACAUCCGAGGAGUCCGAUUGCAGCGAGUGCCUCAAGCGACGCGAGUGGCACGCCCGUGCCUUAGCCCUGGUCCGCAAGACCUGCAACGUCCAGCCAAGGCAUCAGAAUCCCACUGGCAGCGAGCUCCAGCUGCAGCUGCAGCACUGCGACGCCGGCGAGGGCGAGCUGCUCAAGUGCUGUCCACCGCCACCGCCACCAGCUCCAGCGGAGCUCCAGGUUCAGGUCCAGCCGAUGCCACCGCACCGCCUGCUGGGACCAGCAGCCGUGUGCGGAGCCUGCAUCACAUCCGCUCCUGCCUCCUCCUUGGCCGGCGGACGGGGCAGCGAGCUCGGCGAUGACCUGGAAGAGGAGUACUUCCGGCCGCGCAGCAUCUUCUACGUGCAUCCGCAUGGCGUCCACGAGUGCGUCGAGUGCGCCCAGCCAGCCCAGCCUGCCCAGCCUGUCCAGCCUGCCCAGCCUGCGUCUGUGCAAGCGGCAGCGUUGAGCAAUCCAUCGCUCGAUACUUACGGCGACGACGAGGACGAAGUGGACGGCGACGAGGACGAGGACGAAGAGGACGACUCCGAGGACAUCAUGGGCAGCCGGCGGCGGCAGAUCUACGAGACGGCCUUCGACUGCAAGAUAGCCAAGUCGGACGACGAUCUGGAUGAGGUGGACCGCAUUACCAAUUGCUCCGUGCUGCUGCAGUUGAGUAAUGGCAAUGGUGGGGACAUCACCAAGGUCAGCGGCUCCUCCAAGACGCGGGCCGAGUGCAAGCGGGCCAAGAACUCCAAGAAUCAGGCUCUGCAAGAGCAGACGGGCGAGGCCCAUGUGCAGGUGCACCAUGUGGAGGCGGAGCUGGGCAAGCUGCAGCUCAGCCAAGUGGACCAGCAGAAUCAGAACCAGAACCAGAACCAGAGCCAAAACCAGAGCCAGCAGCAUGGAGCUAGCGCCACCGGAAGUGGAGCAAGUGCAGCCAGCACGCAGCAGCUGCCCGUGCGGGGAUACACCCCAUCGCCGCCAUCGACGGCUCCGCUGCCAAUGAAAUUUCCCGGCAAACACGAUCGCUACCUGAACAUGAACAGCAUCAGGAGUGCGCCCAAUCUGCCCGCCGCCAACCCAGCGCAUCCCCGCCUGCGGGAUCUCCGCCUGCCCAUCCAGGCCAUGCGGCACCAGUGCGGCGGCAGCAGCAAUGACAACAGUCUCACCGACAGCGCCUACGUCAAUCCGCCCUCGACCAACUCGAACUCGAAUGCGGCAUCGGCAUCCGCAUCGGCCUCCGUCUCGGCAACCGGAUCAGCAGCUGCCCGCCGACCGCGAUCCUUUGUCCUGGAGUCGGGCCGGGUGCUGGAGCUGCGACGCAGUGCCCAGGGUCACCAGGGCGGCCACCAGUCGAGCCACCAUCACCAUCAUCAUCACCAUCAUGCGCCGGGAAGCAGGAGAAGCCGCCAUGGCCAUGGCCCGGGGCAAACACACAACUACAGCAGCACGGAGAGCAUUGCCACAUCCAGCAGUGGCGGCAGCAUGGAAUCGCUGCGUUCCAGCACCAGCGAGGGCAAUCGCAGCACCUCCAGCUCCGAGUCGCGCCACUCCAGUUCGCUGAGCUCUCACAGCUCGGAGAGCGGCAGCGGCGGCAGCGCCGGCAGCGGCGGCAGCGGUGGCUCCAGUGUGGCCUACCCCCUGCGCCCGGCGCCCCUGCUGCUGCACUCGAAGCUGCACAUCCUGAGCCCCAUUUCCGACAAGUCCUCGCAGGAGCCGGCCUCGGCCAGUGCCUCGGAGCAAUCGCAGCAGCCGUCCCAGCAGCUGGCGCCGAUGGCGUCGCAGGAAGACGAUUCGGCAACAAGUGGCGCCCCAGCAGGCAACCAGGUCCAGGUGAAUGCCUCCCUGAAGCAGCCGCGCAGCAAUCGUGGUGCUCCGAACAAGGCGCUGCUCCAGCUGGCCGAUGAGCUACUGGGCUCGGAUAGUGGGAUAUCGUUGCACUCCCGGGAGGAGGGCAAGCCGCAGGCCUUGGCGCUGCAGCGUCUAACGCUGCCCAAGCUGCAGUUGAUCGGUGCCGAAGGAACCACAACGUCAACCGGAGCAGGAGGAGGUAGCUCGGCAACGGGCGGCAGCAGCGGCGCCGGCGGAUUGGGUUCCGGAUCGGUAGUUGCCAGCGGUUCGGCGGGCAUGCCGCAGGAUCUGCGCGAUCUGCCCUUCGACAUGCCCAAACUGAGGCGACGCAAGACACUGCAGCAGGAGGCCGCCUGCACAUCGGGCAGUGCCACGUCCGUCGAUCUCGGCGAGCUGCCCUUCGACAUGCCCAAGCUGCGACGGCGCCUGCGGGCCAACCAGGCGGAGAUCAACAACCUGCUGAUGCACAGCACCGAGUCCAGCGGCAUCUCGCAGGCCUCCUCCAGCCACUCCAUGCGCGACGAUCAGAAGUUGGCCAGCAAGCUGGAUACGGCGCUUUUCCGGCAGAAUCUCACCCUAAACCUUAAUGAAUCGCGCCAGGCGACCAAGCAGUUUGGCAGCCUGGAUCUGCGCGGUCUCAAUAGCAACAAGGAGCUGAACAUGAAUCUCAGCCAGGGAUAUGUCACGGCUGUGGAUCUGAUCGACGUGACCAUUCCGCUGGAGCGACAGGGUUGGUACCAUGGAGCCAUAACGCGCAUUGAGGCGGAGACCACACUGCGUCCACUGUCCGAGGGAUCCUUCCUGGUGCGCAACUGCGAGUCCACGAAGCAGGACUACUCGCUAUCCCUCAAGGGCGCCAAGGGCUUCAUGCACAUGCGCAUCCAGCGCAACGAGACUGGGCAGUACAUCCUGGGCCAGUUCAGCCGUCCCUUCGAGACGGUGCCGGAGAUGAUCCGGCACUUUUGCCUCAACCGGCUGCCAGUGCGCGGUGCCGAGCACAUGUGUCUGAUCGAGCCGGUCAUCGCCCAGCUGCUCUAGAGGGGCUCCAGGAACUCAAAGGACACCGGGAGCGGGCCAAUCGGAGGCUUCAGGGGCUUCAGUGGCUUCAGGGGGAGGGGAACCAAACAGAAUAACAUAUUAAUAGCGUGUAGAGAACGUAGGAACCUAUGUGAACGAUGUGUAUGCACUAGUUAUAUAUGCGAGUUAGUUGUAAAAGGAUGAUGGCAAUUUUUUCAUGUUUUUUUUUGGCCUCGAACUUUGUAUGUCGGUCUACUAAAGUACACACACCCACACACACACAACUCACACAACUCACUCUAAACACGAGCUAGUUUAGCGUUUAAAGUACGUAGCACAUUCAGACAAUACCAGCAAAUUACAAAAACCAAACAACAAACGAUAUUUAUAUAGAAGGCAUAUAUACAAGCGAGGCGAUUAUACAAGAGCAUAUAGAUACAGAUAGCAAGAGCACUUGACGACAGUUGCUAACAACGUAGUGGUACAUGAUGAUCCCAAAUGCGGACAGAGAUGGUACAGAUUUUAGAUGUGUUUACACCGAACCGAGCAUCAGAUUAGGAGCAACUAAUAUUGUAGCAUUGGGCGCCAAAAAAGAAAACCAAAAGAACCCUUCCGUUUGGCUACAGAUUUAUGGUAGAGCACACACCACUCACUUCUAGCGAUUAUAUGGUCGAAACUUAUGCAACUUUUCGCAGCACACACACACACACCCGCCCACUAGCACCAACCAGUAUCGUCCGAUUAUUCCGAUAAUUCCGAUAAUUACGCCAUUAUUUAUAAAGCCCUGAUUCCUUUGGCGACGGAUGCUAGUGGGCGGGCAUCGCUUAAGGCACGUUUACACUAAGAAAAGUUUUAGCAAGCAACUCUAAACAUUUGUUGAUUAAUUUUAUGUUACCAAAACGAAGAAAACGAACAAAAAAACUAAAAUAUGUAUAUCUAUAUGUAUGAGAACUAACUUUAGCAGGAGCGAUGUCAUUUCUUUUUUUUUUUGUGGUCUUAGCUGUAGGUCAGAGGUACGCGAAAUAGAACGCUCAAAGCGCUUUUGGUUAAAGGAUCGAAACGAAUAGGAUUAGAUCAGAUCAGAUCGCAUCGGAUCAGAUGAAAAAGACGGAUCGAUCGAUCGGAUCGGAUCGAUAGAGAUGUUUAGACGAGGCAAGGAUAUAGCAACGCAUAUGAAAUGUCAGUUUAAGUGUUAGUUUCUAAUUGAGCGAACGAAGGGCAGACUAUAUAUAUAUAUAUAUAUACCUUAAUAUUUAUAUAUAUAUAAAUAUAUAGUGAACGCUAAAAAUGAUAUAUACUUACUAUUUAUAUUUCUAUAUAUACAUCUAUAUAUAUAUACACGAUAUUAAAGAGCAGUCAAUGGUUUUUUGGUUCCAGUUCCGAAAGAGAAGCAAG